AUGCCCCAACCCAUGUCCCCGGCGCUCUUUACCCAGAGAAUCGACGAUCCUGAGUUCAGCCUGCUUCCCAUCGCACGGCCAGAAUUGCACCAGCUGGGCGAGUGCUUCGCGUGCGCCCCGCCCACCAGCGCGCGUCGCCAGCCGCUCAAAGGCAUCAUCACAUUCUUUGGAGGCGCCUUCCUGGGAGCUUCGCCAGACGUUUUCUACAGUUACUUUCUAGACCUUCUUGCCAAGGGCGGCUAUCUGGUGGUGGCUGUGCCUAAUCCAAUCACCUUCGACCACCUGGCAGCAGCUUCCGGCCUGCACGCCCGUGCCACGUCAGCACUCGACCUGCUCCAGCUGCACGGGCUGCCUUCUGCAGGGAUCUCUUCUGCUGACGUGGACGGUCUGCCAGUCUACAGCGUAGGACACAGCAACGGCGCUCUCAUGCAGCUGCUGAUGGGCAGCCUCUCCACCACCAAGAGAGACCGCCUGCCUGAGGCGAAUGUGGUCAUAGCAUUCAACAACCGCCCAGCGUCCUUCGCAGUGCCGUACUUUGACCAGAUGGGGCCAGCAGUGCAGCAGCUAGCUCCAGCUAUUGAGGCAUUUCCGCUCACUGGCAUUGCGCUGAGUGUGGCAGAGCAGGCACUGGAGGCACUGCAGCGCAGCAGCAUACCGCUGCCACCCGGUGUGGUGAGGAACGACCUUGACCCUCUCGGCCGCUUCCUUGAACAGAUCCCACCCGUUCUCGGACAGGUGCGGGAUGGAGUGUCGGAGUUCACACCACCACCGGCAGAGACCAGGAAGCUUAUCGCCUCCUCCUAUGCUGUCCCUCGGAACCUCCUGAUCAAGUUCUCAGUGGACACGUUAGACGAGACGGACCAGCUGGAGCCCAUUCUCACGGGGCGCAUGGAGGAGAUCGGCGGCUCUGUUUCCACUCUGCUGCUUGAGGGGACUCACGCCACUCCCCUGGCUCCAUUCAAGAUGCUUUCUCACCGGUUGAUGCUAUUGCCCAAGGAGUGA